AUGAUGUCUGUGCCGACGAACUCAAGGUUGCCGGUUAUGAUGGCGUAUCACCCAGGCCCAUCAUCAGCAAGCAGUGACAAAGCGAGUCCAUUGAGCAAUCUCAACUUCUUCAAGAACCUGAAUCCCGAAAAAAAGCAGACGAAAGACGGACAGCCACCAAAGCGUCGAGGUCCCAAGCCUGAUAGCAAACCUGCCUUGACAAGAAGGCAGGAGCUCAAUCGGCAAGCACAAAGAACGCAUCGCGAGCGCAAAGAGCUGUACAUAAAAGCUUUGGAGCAAGAAGUGCUUCGCCUGAAAGAAGUCUUCGCCGAGACUAAUCGAGAAAAGAACGAAGUGCUAGCCGAGAACAGACGUCUCAAGGAGCUACUCGCACAACAUGGCAUCUCGUACGACUUCGGCACCUCACCUAUCAAAUUCUCGCGCGAGAACAGCGGCUAUGGUCCCAGCUCAAGUGGUAGCAUAUCCGGCAGCUACCAGAUCGGAUCCGACAGUACCGGCUUCAGCCCACCACCUCCAGCAAUGUCCGCCCACGCCCAGAACAUGGCCGCAGUGCAAGCGAAUCAAAUGCGCAGCAUGGCGCAGAUGCCAUCGAAUCGGCUCGACUACGAUAGCAUAGGCAUCGACUUCGUCCUAACUCAACCUCCCGACAAGAUGCCCUGGCUCGAACGGCCUUGCAUGGACCACAUGCAAUACCUCAUGGUCCGAUCGCAUAACCAAGAGGGCCAGACGAUCCAUCACCCGAUGGAGAACUCUGACGAUUCGGAGCACGAGCACAUGUCCGGGCACGCGCUUAUGCAGACAGCUCCCCCAUAUUCGCAUUUGAAGCAGAAGCCGGCGGAGAUUUAUCCUCAUCAGAUGCCGGUUGGUAUUGAUAAUGGUACGCUUACAAAGUUGAUGCAGUUGAGCUCACGCUUGCCGCUGGAUCGGGAAGGUGAGAUUACUCCGGUCAUGGCGUGGUCCAUGAUUUUCGGGCACGAAAGGGUGGCGCAGCUUGAGGCGAGGGAUAUUGAACUUGUUAAGCGGAAUCUGGCGGCCAAGGUUAGAUGCUAUGGCUUUGGCGCAGUCCUGGAAGAAUUCGAAGUCCACGACGCCCUCGACACUCUUUUCGCCGAGAAGGACGGUACGGCGGUCCCAGCUCUCGGCCAAGCAAUGGCAGCACAACAAAUCAAUCCCUAA